UUUGCUUUGCUUCUCAAAAAUGAAGGGCAUUCGUUUAUUAGAAACAGUAUUUGUCUUCUAUUUUACAUCGCACAUUCCGAUCACGUUAUUGAUUGACUUGCAAACAGUUCUACCAGGAUAUUUGUAUCCCCAAGCUCUGAGAGACCUAUUCCAGUGGUAUUCAAAGGAGUUCCGAGACCCAAUGCUCCUUCAGCCGCCAGAGUGGUUCCAAUCUUUCAUCGUCUGUGAGGGUCUGCUGCAAAUCCCUUUCUUUCCGAUCGCAGCAUAUGCCUUUUACAAAGGAAGCUGUCACUGGAUCAGGACUCCUGCCAUUAUUUAUUCCACCCACGUCGCGACCACAUUGAUCCCGAUUCUCUCCCACAUCAUUUUUCAUCAGUACACUAUUGAAAGCCCCUGGGCCCCCCAAACAUGGCAGGAACGCUGGACGCUCGUUGCAAUAUAUGCUCCCUAUUUGUUUGUCCCUGUCCUGCUGCUCUUCACCAUGCUGCUGUCAUCCACAUACAAUCCUUCUAAAUUUGGAAAUACAUUGCCAAACAAAGUAAAGAAGAAACAUUGAAAUGUU